AUGGUUCCCAUUGCCACAUAUGGCUAUUGUCUCUGGUAUUUCGAUGGUGCCCGUAACAAGGGCGCAAUGAACCAGCUAAAACAGAUGCAGCGGAAAGCUGCUCUAUGGAUCACGGGUGCCUUCCGCACCUCUCCCACAGGCGGUCAUGAAGCCUUAGCAGGCCUCAUCCCUGUCCACCUUAUGCUGAAGAAGUUGGCCACAUGCACAGUGUAUCACAUUGCCACCCUCUUGGACACCCACCCUCUUCACUCCAUGAUGGGCAAGAGACUUCUCAAACGGGCUGAGCCUCACACCUGCUCUGCUGCCUUGAUGACCCCAAUUAUGCAAGGGAAAGUCAAGAGCACUGUCAUGGAGGUGGACGAGCAUGUCCACACCUUAACUGAGAGCUUCAAGCCCUUUGUGCCCAAAGCUCGCCCUGGUGAUUGGUUACUGGACCGCUAUGCAGACCAUCUCCACUUCAAUGAGCGUGAUCCCACACAGGAUAGACGCCCAUAUCUCGAUGAGCUCAUCACAAUUGCGAGAGCCGACCCUUUAACAGUACUGGCUGCGGCUGAUGGCUCUGUCCCUCAGUCCAACCAGUACCAGGCAACCUCGGCCGCCAUCAUCUACAAGGGACAUCGCAAGCUUGAAAGGACUUGCUAUGUCUCUGGCAGGGUUACUGCCCCUGAUGCGGAACUCAAUGCCAUUGCGUGUGCAGUGCGCCUUGCUGUCAAGCAGGCAAACUGCCAACAUAUCAUGGUCUUUACUGAUUCUAUGGGCUUGGCCCACAGAGCAGUAGACCCCUCCAUACACUCUGGUCAGGCUUUCAGCUUGUCAGUUUGUCGCACGCUCCAAGAGUGGUUUGAGGCAGAUGAUCUCUGCCACAUAACCUUUGUCUACGUUCCAUCUGCUUUGCGUUGGGACAUUCAUGGUGAAGCACACAAGUACGUCACUGAGCUCAAAGUCAGGGUUGGAUGUCGCAAGACAGACAACUCUAUAGACGCACUAUGCUCUCAAGCCGCGCACUCAGUCCUGGACUCGUGGAGUUCCACUUUCCAGGAUCCAACCUACAGGGGCUCUGAAUUCUUGGAGCUCCAACAGCCUGACGGGUGGCCGAUCCAGCCAUCGUACCUCAAUGGGGGACCUUGGCUUUCAUAUUUCGGACACAGUAUCACUGAGUUUGCUCGCGUCUGCCAGUGCAUAACUGGCCAUGCACCCAUUGGAGUGUAUUACCGUCGCUUCAAGAUCAAUAAGCCUCAUGGCUGCACUUGCAGGGCUGCUCUGCAGUCCUGCCAGCACGUCCUCUUUUGCUGCCGUGAUAGAUACUCUGUACACUACCCCCGUUUUCUCAGGGAUAUUGCAUCGUUUCUGAGGCACAACCCUAUGGCGUUUGGCUUCAACCAAGACCCCUCGGGUGUCGGAUCAUUGCUGCAGGUGGGGUUGUUCCUCCUUUUGGGGGAUUUAUGGUGA